AUGAAGCAUCAGUCUAUCUCGCGGUGGCUGAGCCAGCUUGGACUGCCACAAUACUGCACAGCGCUGGAGCAGGAAUACGACGGCGUAGAGGAUCUGCUCCACCUCUCAGAGUGUGACCUCCUGGAGCUCGGAGUACACAAUAACCUCCACCGCCUGCACCUUCUCACUUCCCUACGCCUCCUCCAGGAGAGAGACAGGAGGAGAGAGUUGAGGAUGAUGGCAGAGGGGCGUUUUGCCAGUUUGCCCAGGUCUCUCCAUGCACAUCACUCCCUGGGAGGAGGCACCUCUCACCCUGGAGUCUCCAGCACCUCCCACGGUGCUCCAAGCAGCUCCAGGAGACUCCAGGCCUCCCUCGCCUCCUCCAUGGACCUCCUCAGCUCCAGACCUAGUAUCCCCCAAGGGCAUGGCAGCAGCCUAUCAGAGGUCCCAGCAUCUUCUUAUCAGCAAUUCUCCAUUCACGGGACUCUGCCUCGUCGCAAGAGGGGAGGGACGAACAUCGCCCCUGCAAAUUACACCUGGGACCCCAGAGCCAAUCACACGCAGCCAAUAAUUCGCGGGAAUACGGCACUGGCUUCUGGACACAUCCAUCAGCCCAUGACCUCACCGCUGGUCCAAAAUAUAAUCGAUGACUUUCACGGUUACAGGGAGCCAACUGCUGGUCUGGACGCUGUGGUGGACUAUGUUAAGUUCUCCAGAGAUCAGUUUAUCCUGGACUGUCCUUCAGAGAAGCUUCGCAGAGAGUUGGAGGAAGAGUUGAAGAUGAACAGCGAGGAGCCGAGAAGCCACGCAUGGUACCACGGAGCGAUACCCAGACAGGUUGCAGAGAACUUGGUGCAGCGGGACGGAGAUUUCUUGAUCCGCGAUUCACUGUCCAUUCCAGGAAGUUACGUUCUUACCUCCCAAUGGAGAAAUGCCGCUCAGCACUUUAAAAUCAACAAGAAGGUGGUGAUGUUGAACGAGGCCUACUCCAGAGUGGAGUACCGGCUGGAAAGAGAAGGUUUCGACAGCGUUCCUGCUCUUAUAAGAUACUACGUGGGCAACAGAAAACCUGUCUCCCAGGUGGUGGGAGCCAUCAUCUUCCAGCCAAUUAACCGUGGGCUGCCGCUCCGCUGCUUGGAAGAGAAGUACGGACUGUCCGGUAAUCACAGAGAGGCGGGGUUGAUAGAGCAGGAGAAGAGGAACCAGAAGCGCCUCAGCCUCAACAUCACCAACGGACACACGCACGACAACGCACACGGCGUACACGACACCACGCACUGCCAAGACAACGGCAUUAGUCGAGGAAACCAGCUCAGGUUGAAGGAUCGCUGUGGUAGCCAACCAGCAAGUCUCAAUCACACCCAGGAGAGGCGACGCCCACUCAAAGCGCACCAAUCAGAAAGCUUCUUACCGCUUGGAUCCAAACCCCAGCCCCAGCAGCCUCCCGACCCUCUCCUCCAGGGCUCCGGCCCCAAGUCUCCGGUGUUUCGGACGGGCAGCGAGCCAGUGCUGAGCCCCUCUUUCCCACGGAGAUCUGUAGAGCCUUUGGCAGGUCAGGCCAUCCGUGGCUCUGACAGCCAGCUGUGUCCUAAACCUCCACCCAAACCCAGCAAGGUGCCGCUGGGCCGACUGCCUCGCUCCCCCUGUCUUCAGCCCCUGGUUCCCCCCUCUUCCUGCUCCUCCAACCCUACAGACUCUACCACAGUUCCUCCGGUGCCUCCGGUGAAGCCUCAGAAGUUUCAGCAUCAGCUCAUCCCUGCAGACUCACACACUUCUGUAGUUUCACCUGCUGAGCUGGCUUAUUAUCCUGAUUCAGAGGCAAUAACAGGACGGACUGAUCGCCUGCAGCCCAGCCCUGCAGAGCUGAGGUCCUGCAGCCCACUGCAGUGGGAAGAACUGAAUUCACCAAACUCUCUCACAGACGGCAGCCUCGAACUUCAGCCAGCGAUUUGCAGCUACGUGGAGAGGCUGAGGCGAGAAGGGGAGGGAGGGAGAGAGGAGGAGGGGGAGGUGGGAGGGCGGAAAGGGCUCGACAGAAGCUCCUACCAUCACGCCAUCGCAGCCUUAGAAAACACCAGCGAGGAUGAGGAAGAGGACGCAAGGAGGGAGGAGGUGGAGCGAGACAGGAGGAGCAGUUUCCUGCGGCCGGUGGUGGAGACGGAGUCGAAGUUCCAUCCAGCAGAUUUCAGCUCUCGGCUUCUGCCGCCGGAAAACAAACCGCUGGAGAUGGUGGUGCUGAAGAGAGCGAAGGAGCUGCUACUCAGCCACAAUCACCACAGUAUCGCCAGGCACCUGCUGAUGGCCGACUGCCAGGUUGCGAGGAUACUCGGAGUGUCUGCAGAGCUGAAAGGUCAGAUGGGCGUCGCCUCCGGUCUCGAGCUGGUGACCUUGCCACACGGUCGACAGCUGAGGCUAGACCUGAUGGAAAGGCACCACACCAUGGCGAUAGGCGUUGCCGUGGAUAUUCUGGGGUGCACGGGUAGCGUGGAGGAGAGGGCGUCCACGUUAAACCGCAUUAUCCUCGUCGCGUUGGAGCUGAAGGACACGGUGGGCGACCUGUUUGCUUUCACCGCCCUGAUGAAAGCUCUGGACCUGCCGCAGAUCAGCCGUUUGGAGGAAACGUGGACAGCCCUGCGAAGGAACUACACACAGACCGCCAUCAGCUACGAGAAAACCCUCAAACCUUUCUACAAGAAUCUCUACGAGGGCUCAGCUUCCUCCCCUUCGGUGGUCUGCCUCCCCCUCCUGCUGCCUCUCCUCACUUUGAUGGAGCGUCCAUCAAUCACACCUGAGGGGGCGGAGCUCUGGGAGACCAGCGACCAGGGCUGUGACAUCAUGCUGCGCCACCUGGAGGCUGCACGUGGCGUUGCAAAUAACGCAAUGAGCUACACGGCGAACGCACAGAAGAUCUUACAAGGUUUCCAGUGUGACGAAGAGCUGCUGGAGGUGUUUAAGACGGACUUUCAGCUGCGGCUGCUGUGGGGAAGUCGCGGAGCUUCAGUCAACCAAUCAGAUCGCUACAGCAAAUUCAACCUCAUCCUCACCGCUUUGUCACGGAAACUGGAGCCCCCACCCAAAACGCAAACCUUGAUAUGACUUAGACAACUGAGCAAACAACACAUACGGACAUACAUGCAGAGACUCAAGUUUGACCAGUUGACGGUGUUUGGUCCUCCAGUGAAAGAGAGUAAAGUGACAUCAGGGGGAUCAGACACUGGGUUUGAGAAAGGGAAGAUGAGAUAAAAACUCUCUCUGCA